AUGUCCUGCUAAGACGAAGAAUAUAAAGAUUUAGAAAAAGAAAACGAAGAUUAAAAAAAAGAUUAAAAAUUCACCAAAGAAUAAAAAAUAACUACUUAAGAUUUAAUUGAAUGGAAAAAAAGUAAAGGAUAUUCACCUAAUUAGAAAGUUUUUAUGAUAGUAGGGUCUCCUUAUUAAGAUCUUAGAGAAUCUUUAAUAAAUCUGGGUUGGAUAGAAAACAAAAAUAUAGAAGAAGAUUAAAUGUUUGAUUUAAAAUGGAUUUCUUAAAAAGACAUUGAUUUUAAUCUUUUUUAUCCAAAAUGCUUUGAAAUUACAGAUGUUUAAGAAUUCGAGGAUUUUGUGGAAGAAUUUAAAUUUUGCAAAGCAGAAAGUAUUUUAAAAUAAUUUAUUUAAUUUAAUAUUGAAGAUGAAUUUAAAAAAACUGAUUUUUUUGCCUUUUUAUAAAUUCAAGUUUAUAUUUCAUGUUUAGCUUUAAAAAAAAAAUGUUUAAAUGUUUCAAAUAAAAUCUAAGAAAUAUUAAAAAAUAAUUUCCCGUUUAUUAAUCCUAAUGAAUGGCUUUUUAUUAAUAAUAAUUAUAAAAAUUUAGAAUUUUUCUAAAAAAAUAAAGAUUUAUACAAUGAAAUUCAUAAAAAUACUGUUUCUUAAUUUGAAAAAGAAGAACUAAAUCUUUAGUUAGUAUAAUUAGCAAAAAAAUACCUUCAAAUAUUAGAAAAAUACGAUCCUUAAUAUAAUUUAAACCAAAAAAAUUUAUGGAUAGUAAAACCUGCAGGUUUGAGUAGAGGAAGAGGAAUAAGAACAUUCGAUUAAUUAUAAAAUUUAGUUAAUUAUGUUAUGGGGAGAGAUGUAACAUGGGUAGCAUAGAAAUAUAUAGAAAAUCCUUUAACUAUAAACAAAAAAAAAUUUGAUAUCAGAUAAUGGGCUUGUGUAACAGAUUGGAAUCCCUUAGUAAUAUAUUUUUAUGAAGAAUGUUAUAUAAGAAUUUGUUUUGAUGAAUUUAAUAUAGAUGAUCUUUAAAAUAAAUUUGCUCAUUUAGCUAAUAAUUGUAUUUCGAAAAACGCUGCUAAUUUUGAAGAAAAAAUAAAUGAAACUAUGAUGUUUUAAAAUGAAUUUGUUGAUUAUAUUAAUGUAUCUUAUUUUUUAAAUAUUAAUUUUUAUUUUAUUUUAAGUAACUAGAAAAUGAAUAAGAUAUUUUCUUUUCAAAAAUUUAAUAAAAAAUGA